GGUUUUAGUGCGUACCGGUAGUGACGUUUGACGAAGCGGGUUCAACUCUAGCAUUCGAGGGACUGAGACGAAGCACUGGCAGGUUAAAAGAGGAGAGACUGAAGUGAAAGAGAAAGGGACUCAACUCCAUAAAUUGAUCCUGAUUUAUACUGUAGGAUUAACUGCUAUUUGAAUUCUCGUCUGCAUGUUUUUCAUUAUGGACUGAAAAGCAUUGCUACAUUAUUAAAAGAAGUGAACUGUGAACUAUCUUAUUUAUGAUGUCUUGUUUAUUGGGAUACAACACAGCCAUAACCAUCCGGUUUACAGUAUUAUAGACUAUUUUAACAGAAUUAUUCUUUAACUACAUGUACUUUCACAUGUAAAACUUCAUACACUAGAAUAUCAAAAUUGGCAACACGUUCAUUGUCUAAUGUUGUGAAACGUUGGCCUAUGGUUGAAAAGUUUUUUUGCAUAUCUUGUGUUUGAAUUUAUCUGUGUUUCAGUGUUAAUUUUAACGUCUAAGGUUGAUAAACUUUUGGAACUAGCUUUAUUUUUUUCAUAUUUCACAAGAAAUAAACUUGGAACGAUUUGAACAAAAAGGUUUUAACAUUAUAUACAGUAACAAAAUGGCAACAGGUUCAUUGUCUUCGGUUCCAAAACGUUUGCGUAUGGUUGAAGACUUUUCUUGCACACGUUGUUUAGAGCAGAAUCUUACGGAAUCUGCAGACAUUUAUUGUGAAAAAUGUGAAGGGUUUUAUUGUAAAAAAUGUGUUAUCCUGCAUAGUCAAUUUUUUACAAAACAUAUGACAUGUGGAAGGGAGGAUAUUAAGAAAUGGCCAGUUUCUAAGGCAGUGAAAGAUUUUCUCAGGAAGUGUGAGGUGCAUGAGGAUGAAACACUGACACAGUUUUGCCAUUACCACAGUCAGCUGUGCUGCUCUGCAUGUGUUGGAACAAUUCACAGCCAGUGCAGUAAAGUGACCCAGAUUUCGGAGCUGACCAACACGCAGCCCUCAGGCCUAGAGGGGCUGUCAGUGGAGCUGGAAACUGUCCUGGGGGAAAUUAAAACCCUGCAGAUCAGUCAGGAGGCCAGCAUUCAGUCAUUGCAGAGAACAUACAAUGAACAUAGCGAAGUUAUGAUAGAGCAAAUGUGUGGCAAUUUAAAUACUUUUAUAGAUGAAUGUGAUAAUAAUUCUGUGGGUACAUCAGGCGGAAAUGAGCAAUAUUUAAAAGAAGAGAUGUGUAGGAGUGUUCUCUCUAUCGUGAAUGAAUUUGAUAAUAUUACUGCGAAGGAACUUAACGAGAUGAGAGAUGAAGUUAUAAGCAUUAAAUGGUCAGUUACAAGUUCUAUUCAUAAAUGCACCAGUGUUCACAGUGACUUGUCACAAUUCCAUGAAAUUGUUCAGAAAAUUGGAGAUCAUAAGGAGCUCUGCCUUAUAGCCGGCAUAAAAUGUAAGCAUAUAAUACAGCAGGCAUUAACUCUGCUAGGAAAGUCAGGCAAGGCGUUUAAUGUCCAGAGUAUUACUAAGCAUAAUGUGAGAAUACCAAGUGAUAAAGAUGUAUGUUAUAUCUAUGGCAUAUGUGUUCUUCCCGAUGGGCAGGUACUGGUUGUAGACUGGAGAAAUAAGAAUGUCAAGCUGCUGAACCAGCAGUACCAGGUGGUGAGUCACUGGGAUGUGAAUGCUCGGCCAUUGGACAUUUGUUUGAUCACACCCAGUGAGGUUGCAGUGGCUGUGAAUACUAGUAACAUACAUGAGGUCCAGUUUAUCACUGUCAACCAGGGAAAGCUUGUUUCUGGCAGGAAGUUUCAGUUACAACAUGAAUGUACAUUUAUUACCCAUCACCAAGGAGACCUUUUUGUCACCUCUGGUCAAGAACUGUACAAAUACUCACUGAAUGGCAAACUGAUCUGCAGACUCUACCAAGAUAGAUCAGGUGAUUAUACAGUAGAGAAGUGUGCUGUGAGUCCCACAGGAGACAGGCUGUACAUCACCAGCUACUACCCGCAGAACAAGCUUCGCACCCUGGCCAGGGAUGGCACACUCCUGGCUACAUACACAGACCCAGCACUAGAUGUCCUACAUGGUCUACAUGUGACCCCUGCAGGCCAGGUGCUGGUCUGUGGACGCCUGUCCAACACUGUACUACAGGUGGGCUGGGAGGGAGAGAGUAAGCUGGCUAAUCUUGCUGCUGAGGAGGAUGGAGUGGAGUACCCAGUGUCAGUCUGCUACAGCAGCACCACAUCCUGUAUCAUUGUGGGACUGUCUGGGGACAACAUCCUGGUGUUCAGAGUGGAAUAGUGUGUACAUUUGCUGCUGGGUCGAGACAACGAUGUUGAGGAUGUGGGGGACAAGCAUGAAGCAGAAGGAGAGCACCAGCAUUGAUAUCGAGUUGGCCAAGCAACAGCACAAGUCCCGCCUGCAGGAGCCCCAAUACAGAACCAUCCUUUCCCUCCCCUGAUCCCUAGCUCCUCCCACUGGACCUCUGGCCACAAAGGGUCAGCGUCAAGUUUUCACGCGCUGUUUUGAACAACCAAAAUGUCCACGUCGAGAUUUCCCCAAGCAAGCCUGAGUAGUUUUGUUUAGCUCUAGUGCCCGAGUGGGAUGAGUGUUACAGAAGCGAGACGUUAUAGCAGUACAUAUGGUAACGCAAACAGUUAACGCUAACAGUUAGUUCUCACUGUGGACAUCAUGAAGAAUCUCACAAAGAAUUAAACGUUGAAUAAUUUGUUUCAUUCUUUAUAAGACACAGGGUUCGCACAUGGCUUGAAAAGUGUUUGAAAACGAGUCCUAGGCUUGAAAAGCCCUUGAACAAAGGUUGGCCUUAAAACAGUGCUUGAAAAGUGCUUAGUUCAUGUAAAAAAGCCUCGAAAAUGUUUAUUUCUGCUCAAAAUUACUUUUAUCAUGGCUUUAAUUAUAAACUUAAAUCGUUCUUAUGGGAAAUAUUACGAAAAUGUAUCAUAGAUUCCUUCGCGCAAAAAGUUGAGUACAAAAUAUAAGUUUCGUACAAUAUUGAGUACGAAAUGUUAUGUGUACACGUCACAGAUUAUGUGUGCUACGUCAGAGGUUCUCCAUUGUGAUCAAUUUUCGCGAGUGAAAACGCAGCAAUGGGGAAGUGUCGUUUCAAACCAGGGUGGUUAACUGAAUAUUCCUGGGUACAGAAAACAAAUGACAUUCGAAAAGCACAUUGUUGGGUCUGUAUGAAGACCAUUGAUGUCGGGGGGUAUGGAGGAAAGCGCUUUGAAAAGCCACAAGAAAGUGAAAACCCUCAAAGAAAACAUGAAAUUGAGAAGCAAACAGGGUUCCUGCGAUGUGUUUUUUGUUAAACAGGAAGGUACUAUUGUUAAAACUGUUAAAUCUAAAACAGACUUAAAAAACAACAGCCCAUCUGUGUCGAACCAGGAAGGCACAGCCACAUGCAGAGAGUGUGCAGAUAGAAGAUUCAAAUUCCAGGACCUUCGCAACUUUCAGCUGUAGUAUCAAACUCGCAGACAUCCAUAGACAAAUUUGUUAAAAAAAAAUGAUAUGUUGAACGCGAAAGUAUUGUGGGUAUUUAUACCGUUUGCACACAACCAUCCUUUAAUUCCAAUAAAAACAUUACAAAGUUUUUUCAAGUUGUGUUCCAUGACAGUACCAUAGCAAAGCAUAAUUAUGUGGCUGUUUUGGGGCUAGCUGAACAUUUCAAAACUGUACUUUAUAGUUCUAUAACUUAAAUAGUGGACAGUACUCAGUGUCUCAGUACUCAGUGUCUUUUGAUGAAAGUUUAAACAAGAAAGACCAAUCCAAGCAAAUGAAAAAGGCAUUUUUUUAAAGGAAACUAACGUACAGUUUAUGGACUUGAAAAUGAAUAUUUGGUCUUGGAAAGUCCUUGAAAAGUGCUUGAAUUUAGGUUUGAGAUUUCUGUUUGAACCAUGAGACAUCUAUAUAUUCAGCAAGGAACGAGAGCAAAUCAAGGAACAAUCGAAACGAUUCAUUCAGAAGUGUUUCUGCUGUAAAUAGUUAGGACAGAAGUAGUGUUACGGACUGUCCUCAGCGCACAAUUUAUUCAUGUGGUCCGCCCAUUAUUGAAAACAAGUUGCUAAAAGUAAACACAUCCGGUUUUGUUACGAGCACUUUGCACUCCGAGCCAAAAGGGCAUUGCAUUGAAUUGAGACUAAAGAAGGCUUGAAAACAUGACCCCAGUUUUGUUGUAUGGUCCAGUACGCCCUUCGACUCUCAACCCGAAGUUUAUCAGAACUCAAACUCGGCCCUUAACAAUAUCCACAAGGCCAGCAUAUCAGCUCAGCUUCUGAGCUUCAGCAAACACUAUAAGCCGCCAAGAUAAAAAAAUCGUUGAAGUGAAAGUCGAUGACAAUCUUGACCCCUUCGCUUAAGUAAUUCAGCACAAAAACGUCUUGCGUCAGAGUAGCAAGCCUCCAAACAUCUCCCAUGUUUGCUACAUCAACACUUCUUACAGCGAAGCCUUGGCGAGUUCGACUUCUAUCCCAGCACCGAUUUUGCUUAGCAACAAUUCAAUGCUGUGAAUCGACAAAUUGUUCCAGACGAGUCGCUUAAACAGAAACUAUCUGAUCCAACAGAUAGAGCAGGCGUUGCGUGACUUGUCCCUUAUUGCGACUGACCUCAAUAUGUUGCUCUCGAAUAAUGUGAACCUUAUGCCAGUAUGUAGCCGUGUUCUGGGAUACGGGGCUUCAUGUAUGUGCUUAAAGUGUCAUCUCAGAUUAGCCUGUGCAGACUGCACAUACAUCAAGUCCUUUAAAGUGUCAUCUCAGAUUAGCCUGUGCAGACUGCACAUACAUUAAGUCCUAUUAAAGUGUCAUCCCAGAUUAGCCUGUGCAGACUGCACAUACAUUAAGUCCUAUUUAAUUGUCAUCCCAGAUUAGCCUGUGCAGACUGCACAUACAUUAAGUCCUAUUAAAGUGUCAUCCCAGAUUAGCCUGUGCAGACUGCACAUACAUCAAGUCCUAUUAAAGUGUCAUCCCAGAUUAUCCUGUGCAGAGUGCACAUACAUUAAGUCCUAUUAAAUUGUCAUCCCAGAUUAUCCUGUGCAGAGUGCACAUACAUCAAGUCCUAUUAAAGUGUCAUCCCAGAUUAUCCUGUGCAGAGUGCACAUAUAUUAAGUUCUAGUCAAGUGUCAUCCCAGAUUAUCCUGUGCAGAGUGCACAUACAUUAAGUCCUAUUAAAGUGUCAUCCCAGAAUAUCCUGUGCAGACUGCACAUAUAUUAAGUUCUAGUCAAGUGUCAUCCCAGAUUAGCCUGUGCAGACUGCACAUACAUUAAGUCAUAUUAAAGUGUUAUCCCAGAUUAGCCUGUGCAGACUGCACAUACAUUAAGUCCUAUUAAAGUGUCAUCCCAGAUUAGCCUGUGCAGACUGCACAUACAUUAAGUCCUAUUAAAGUGUCAUCUCAGAUAAGCCUGUGCAGACUGCACAUACAUUAAGUCCUAUUUUCCAAGAAUGAGGCUCAUAUAAUUCACUUAACAUCAGUCCUAUUUCUGACUGAUUGAAGAAAAGCUCCUAACAUCAAAUGUGAAUGAUUCUUUUUUAAAUUGAUCAAACCUGGUAAAUAAAUAAUAAAUAAAGUUGAUCUGAUAUCAGUUUUAGUCAUAGAAGGUCAGAACAUAGUUUUGUCUAUUUUGGGGCCAAAAUUCAAACCUUGAACCAAAAGUUUCUCCUUGCAUAAUUAAAAUAUCUGCUUUAAUCUAAUUGUUAAAUUCUCUUUAAUUUUAGUAAAAAAAUAUUUAAAUGCCUUCAGCACAUUUAAAAAUUAUUUUCUUCAUUUAUUUUCAAUAUUUUAUUAAAUCCUGCAUUUUGUUUUAAGAGCCUGUUCCUACAGGAACCUAUGCAAUCAUAGAUCCGUACCGAGCUGAACAACAUGCUCUCUGGUCAGCUGGGCCCAGACGCCCAGGGACACCUCCUGGCCCAGGACCUUGGGACAAAUGUUCAAAUAGUACUACCCGCAGAAUGCAGCCACUCUGAAUCCGGGGCUCCAUACUUUCUUGGCCAGGGGACAAGACUACCUCGUCAAUAAGAGGCCUUAUACUCACAAGUUCAAGCCCAGUGAGUGAUGUUCACAUUAUCAAACUCUGCAUCUCAAUAGAAACCUGGACAGCAAAGCGUUGAGUUUGUUCUUGAAGCAUUUGCAACAGCAGCAGUCAUCAUCUUGAGAUUCUGGCAUCUCCAUUGUGAAGGACCCUCAGUCUGUGAUCAUCAUGUAGAGCGAACCUCAGAUGCCAUUUGACGAAAUCAAACCAUCCAAUCAGAAACACAGCCUGUUGCAGCAGUUGUUACCAUAUUGAUCCCAGUCAAACCUAAGAAGCUCAAAGAUGAAUACUGUUUUAGAUGUGCUAGUCUCUACAUACCUCCUGGUUUGUUCAGCACUUACUUUGACCUUUGGCUUUUAUGACGGGUGGACAUGAAUGACCAUGUUUAGAUCGAAAUGGCCGAAUGACACAUCACAAAAAUUCAAGUGGAAAGCCAGAAAGUCAUGUCAACAGCCACAUGUUGUAUGUGACCAGCCAAGUUGUAUUCAACGAAAAACAAUAGUUUACGUUUUAUUUGUUUAGAUCGAAAUGGCCGAAUGACACAUCACAAAAAUUCAAGUGGAAAGCCAGAAAGUCAUGUCAACAGCCACAUGUUGUAUGUUACCAACCAAGUUGAAUUCCAAUAAUAACAAUAGUUUAUGUAUUUUGGAAAUUAUGAUGCAUGUUAAGUAUUUUAAAAGCACGCAUAUUAAAUGUCUAUCUAAUGUAUUUGUCUGUAUUAUGAAAUUUUAACUUCAGAUUUUGAUCCUGAUAAUGGUAAUAAAUGGGAAAUAUUACCAAAGAUUUUUUAAGAUUGUCAAAGCUGUUUAAAUGAUGCUGGUAACUUGGACAAAAUUGAAAAAAUAUUGUAGUAUUUUUUGUUAUAAGACAUGUUUCAGUUUUCUGUUUUAACCCGUUAAUAUAGAAAGCUAAUGAAAAAUAUUUUUUCAGAAAGGUGUAAAAUGUUUACGCUUCAGAUUUUUGUCCAUCAACCUUUUGAAAACAAUACUAGUCAAUUGGCUCAUGCGGGUCGGUAUUAGAUCAUGAAUCUUUUUUAGUAGCAUACUAUGUAUUUCAUGGGAAUAUAAAUAAAUUCUGGGCAAAUUUUUUUAAUCUACCUUAAAUAAUUGAUUCUGUAUUUACUACUAGUACUUUGUUGAUUUCAAUGGAUAUUGUUUGAAAAAUGGCAAAGAUUGUUAAGUUGUGUUGUUUUAUCAUAUACUAACAUGGUCAUCAGUGUUAAAAUUUGUUUUUGGACAUUAUAGUUUAUUAUGCUUUAUAUUUGUAUAUGUACAUGAAGACGACCAGAUUGUAUCCUCUUUAAUCAGUGAGUAAUUUAAUCAAGAUUUCUUGAUCACUGUAUCAAGUGUAUAUGUAUAUUUUGCCAUUUAUACAUAGAGCAACUGUAAAACAAUUGCAUUUUCAAUGUAAUGUAUUCAUGUAUUGUUGCCAUUUUUAAGCACCCCUUCGAAGAAGAGGGGGUAUAUUGCUUUGCUCAUGUCGGUCUGUCUGUCUGUCUGUCGGUCGGUCGGUCCGUUCACCAGGUGGUUGUCAGACGAUAACUCAAGAACGCUUGGGCCUAGGAUCAUGAAACUUCAUAGGUACAUUGAUCAUGACUCGCAGAUGACCCCUUUUGAUUUUGAGGUCAAAGGUCAAGGUCACGGUGACCAGAAAUAGUAAAAUAGUUUUUGAAUGAUAACUCAAGAAUGCAUACGCGGCCAACAGGGCAAACUCUGAACAAUACUACUGAAGCAACUGGUCUGUAAUCCUAAAUCUAUAAUUAUCAGUCCAAUGAAACAUCAUCCUCUGAGUAAAAUACAGUGGAUCAGUAAAAAUAUUAUCAGAAUAUGAGAUUUUUUGUAUAUUUUGUAUAUUAAAUAUUGUGUUAAUGUUUAAUUUUGUAAUAUAUUUAAAUUUUACCAAAUGUAAGGCUAACUGCAUUUUCAUUUUAUCAAUAACCACCACCAUUACCACCACCACCACCACCACCACCACCGUUGUUCACAGUGACAAAAAAACGUAUUCACACAAUGGCUGCUUCUACAACUUAUAGCCCAUAUAGGGGGGCAUGCAUGUUUUACAAACAGCCCUUGUUAUAAGAUAAACUCACUGUUAACAUUAAUUUGUACAAACCAUAGUUAUAAAAAAACAUUUCUUGUGUCAAUGCUGAAACAUGUAUUAAACUGUUAAAAUAAUGCACAGUAACAACUUCUGAAGAGAAAAAUAUACUUAAGGCUACGGGUGCAGUUUUGAAUAAAUGAAAGCUUGUCAGAAUUUAUUUGAGAGGUCACAGUGGCUUGACCAUUGAACUAGAGACCCCAAAAUGUGUAGAACUUAUCAAGGUGCAUCUACAUAUGAAGUUUGAAAGUUGUAGUUGGAAGCACUUUGAUUUUAGAGUAAAUGUUAAGGUUUUAGCACGACGCAGACUUCGGACGACACGACGAACUGUAUGACAAUACCUUGGGUUUUCUCCAAAAAUACCGAGCUAAAAAUAAAUACUAAGAUGUCUGCUUUGCAAUUUUUCUUAAAAUAUACACUUAUUAAACGUGAACAGUAUUGACAUAUUGCUUACGAUAAAGUUUGACAUUUUAUUAGUUUUGUAACAGUGUGUUUCACCUUUCACAUUGACCAUCCCACAAUCCCACAUUUGCUUUCAGUGGGGCCAGUGUCUGUAAAUCUUCCACUACAAGUUCAGCAAAUGUUUUAUGACCAGAUUUCCUCAUAUUUGGGAAUGUUUAUUUUUAACUUUUAUUGAAUGCAUGAAACAUGUUUGUUCUGUUUUUGAAUAGCUGAAAACAGCUUGAUGUUUGUAAAUUGUGUGACAUGUUGAUCAAAUUGAUACAUAGAAAAAAACACUUUUUUUGCGUUUAUUUUUAUGUGUAGCUUAACAACACGUUACCAAAUACAAAUUUAAUUAUUUGGUAACAAUAUAAUUAUUGUGCUAUAUUCGUAAUACCGUAUGAAAUGCAAUUUUAAUAAUAAUGUGUGUUUGUCUACUCCAAAUAAUCAUUUUGAAUAAGAAAAUAUAGGGUAAUAAUAUUUAUGGAAAGUACCCGUAGGCACGUUUCAAUUGCUUGUGUAACUCAUAUGGAUCAGGGUCUUUCUAAAUUAUUGCAUGAUUGUUUAUGCCUAUGUCUGAAUUGUGUAAAUAUCUUCAAAAUCGUGAGAUAUUUGUUAAGAGGAUUUUAAUAUUAAAAGAUAUAAUAGCAUCUAAACUUUAACCGGUCAUCUUUUGCAUUUAUUUUUAUGUGUUUAUAUUGUUUUGCUUACCGAGUUUAAUAUUGUCUAUAUUCGUGCAUAAUUUUGUUGUGGUUGUUUUGUUAAGACAAAGCGCAUAUCACUAAUGCUGUUGUUUUUGUUUUAUGUUAUAUGUAUAUGUAUUUCCCAAUCUAAGUGUGAUGUUGCAUUCUCAAUAAAGUACAUAGCCAUUCACGUGGAAAAGUAUUGCUAAGUGAAAAUUUGUUGUCUUUACAAAUAAAAUCCGCAAGGAUUGUCGUUUCAAUUAUAUAUAGCUUGCCGCUAUUAAACCUGGGUAAAAACGUGACCGUGUGCUCAUUUUGUUUUAUGUUGACUGCCAAUAUAUAUAUAUAUAUAUAUAUAGAAAGAAAUUGUUCAAACAGUGUAAAAAAGUGUAUCUUAUACCCUAGCGCUUUCGAGUACACGUCUUCUUCAGGGGUGUAUACAGAUAUGAGUUAAUGAAUCCCCAGUGCGAAUGCACAAAAGAACUUGUUAAAACCUGCAGCCACAGGAAACAACUUAUGUGUUUUAGACUGGCGCCCGCGGUGUUUAUGAUUUCCAUUUAAUUGUAACAAGAAAUAUCUUUAAAAAAAGAUAUACGGCGUUGAUUGUGGUUGGAGUUUAUGGAAGGUAAAGAUUUAAAUGAAUGAGAUCAAGGAUAGCUAAUAUCUUUUUCUGUGCAGUUUUUAGCUGCAUCAAACGCAGUACGGGAUGUUACGCGGAGUUUUCGCGGCUUAUUUUACAUUAUUACAUAUUGCUGGUCAUAAACCUAUAGAUACAAAAAAGAAAACCAAAGUCAACCGGCCACACGCGAAGUCUCCGUACAUAUUUUAAAUAUGUAUACGCGCGUUCUUCGAACAAACCUGUUUGAGUGGUUUAUCGGGAAUUGCUACGUGUAUUUGAUUCGAUUAUUAACAGUAUCGAGAAUCAUCACGCUCAUACUUAAUACAUUAGUCAAUAUGCUGCAAUAAUACAUUAGUAAAUAUGAUGGAAUAAUUCUUGUUAAUUAAUUAAAAAUAAUAUUUAUCAUGGUAUUGUUGAAAACACAUUAAGAAUCUAUUAUUGACAUGCCAUAAAAUAAUAUCGCUGGAUAUCUUCAUUUCACAUCUUUCUGGUGGUAAAGAAAAUUCUGGUUCACCUAGUUCACGCUUUAGCGUCUUUAUUAUAUAACUAUUAUAUAACUGACCGCGAACUCCGAACAGCACAGAAGGUCUGACCUGUAUAUAAACUCUGACAUUCAAACACACUAACCGCGAACUGACCCCUUAUACCUCGCGGGUUGAAAUGCAACACAUUAAAGUGAGGCAUCGCUUCCACUGCUCUUUAUACUUUUACAUAUAACAUGUUGACAGGAAUAUGGAAGUCAGUACUAAAUAUGAGAACAUGGCCUUUAAGAACAUAACGUUCUCGCGCUGAAAAUCCUCUGAAAAUAAAAGAUGUACGCACAAACUGUAUUGAUGUCGAGAUUGAGUGUAAAACUGUUCUAUCUAUAAAGCCUUUUUAUUAGAGAUAAAACUGUUUCAUGCUGAACACGCAGUAAAACAGUGUUACAAAGACGCGGACAUGUUUCCAAUGUUCUAGUGGUAUUAUCAAAUCAGCCAAUGCAGUCAAUGAAGUGUAUUCAUCUGUACUUGGCCGCGGGAAGUUUUAUUUGAAUUCUAUUGGACGCUAACAAAGGUCAGGCUAAGGUGAAAAGCUGGCGUAUUCAGCUGACGCCGAAAAAUUGAGGUUAGCUUUUUGGCUUUCAGUCUUGUUUGUGUCGUUUUAUUUUUGUAUUUAUUUAUUUAUGCAUAUUAAAAUUGUGUAAUAGACUGACGCCCGUAAUAUAAAUUAUAUUGAUGUAAUAAUGAAAAAUAUUAUAAUUUGCAGUGAACGUUUUGCAUUCAGUAUUGUGUCAUAUUUAUUUUUCGUUUUAUGAUUAUUUUCAUACACUUAUUAAAAUUGUGUUAUAAAAUGGCGCUUAAAAUGUUUAUUAUAUGGAUUUAACGUUUAAAUGAUUAAAAUGGAAGUUAGAAUUUA